UUCUGUGCAUCUUCACCCCAUAUGUCCUCACCUUUGCAUCUUUGAUAUGCAUUAUUAUGGUGGGCUUGGGCUGUACCAACAAGGAUUCCAGCACUCUCAAUAACCUCUACUUUUUCCGAGCAAACACGUCGGAUAUCACAACCAAUUCUACUUCAAUUACGGAUAAAAUCAAGUCGGCCACUGGCCAAUCCGUCUCGGAGAGCGACUUCGACACCGCCCUCGACCAGGCCCAGAAAGAACUCAACAUCAAGGACUUUUACACCAUCGGUCUCUGGGGAUACUGCGAUGGAAACAUCACCAGCAGCAACAGCUUCGACACCACCCACUGCUCUCAGGCCAAGGCUGAGUUCUACUUCGACCCGAUCUCCGUCUGGAACUUGAACGGCACUGGAUUGGAGAGUGAGCUUCCCGAUGGAUUGGACAAGGCCCUCAAGGUCUACAAGGGUGUCUCCAAGUGGAUGUUCAUCGCCUACAUCAUCGCCUUUGUUGCUACCAUCCUCGAACUGGUCGUCGGUAUCUUUGCUAUCUGCAGUCGCUGGGGUAGCUGCGUGACCUCUUUGGUCUCUGCCGUUGCUUUCUUCUUUACCGCUGCUGCAUCGGUCACUUCCACCGCGCUUUUCGCAACCCUUACCGGAACCUUUAACAGCGCUCUGAAGCAAUACAACAUCCACGGUUCCAUGGGCAAAAACAUUUACGUCGCUACUUGGCUCGCCGUUGCUUUCGCCCUGGGCGCGUCCCUGUUCUGGACUAUCAGCACCUGCUGCUGCUCCGGUCGCUCCCCCUACAACAACCGCAGCGACAACCGUCACAAGGGUGGUGUCACCGCCGAGAAGGCCCCCUACACCUACGAGCCUCUCGGUGCCAAUGGUACUCAGGCCCCUUACGGCCCCUACAACCACGGCGACACCUCUUACGCGGGCCACGCUGGCCAGACCGUCCCUGUCCAAAGCAACAGGACAAACGCCUACGAGCCUUUCCGUCACGUCUAAAACAAAAUCACCAAUCACCAUGCCUGCUAGAAAAUCCUUUCCUAACUGGCAUUCUCGGCGUUUUUGAGGUCAGCGCAUGACUUUUUAUCACGAUUUUAGGGAAUCUUCAUCCACACACUGGGAAAGAUUCCUAUUUAAUGAACAUAAUGCAAGCUGCGAGAAAGCAAAACUGUUUGUACAUUGUAUGGGCUUUAUUUUUUUAUUUUUUUUUUGUGUUUUGAUAUAAUCGGGUGGUCGAUUUGACGUGCCUUUUACUGGAUUAUAUAGAUAUCUACAGAUACCC